AUGGACUUAGGUGACACCAAAGCCAAAAACCGCAACGCCCCCCAACUCUUCCUCCAGUUCCACUCCCACCCGGCUGCCACUCCAGACCUCAGCCAACUGGCAACCUACCAAAACAAUUGCUGCCUGGGCAUUCAGACCCACCUCUGCGACCUCCUGCCUCCCUCCGACUGCCACCUGGGCACUAAGGGCAUCCUGCUCCGGAAGGACCUCUCUAACACCCUGCUCCUCAGAACAGUUCACCCUGAAGCCCAAAGAAAACCUCCAUCGCACUGCUAG